AUGGCUCCCGGUGUGAGCAGCGGGGCUCGGGGCGCGGGUGCGGGCGCGGCGCUGCUGCUGCUGCUCGCCCUGAGCCCCCGCGCCGUGCCCGAGCCCGAGGCGGUGCCCGACGGAGCCUCCACGCUGGCCUUCGUGUUCGAUGUGACCGGCUCCAUGUACGACGACCUGGUGCAAGUGAUCGAGGGCGCAUCCAAGAUCCUGGAGACGUCGCUGAAGAGACCCAAGCGGCCGCUGUACAACUUCGCGCUGGUGCCUUUCCACGACCCAGAAAUUGGUCCAGUGACAAUAACCACAGAUCCCAAGAAAUUUCAGUUUGAACUCAGGGAGCUUUAUGUUCAGGGUGGUGGAGACUGUCCAGAGAUGAGCAUUGGGGCAAUAAAGAUCGCUCUGGAAAUUUCCCUGCCUGGUUCCUUCAUCUAUGUCUUUACUGAUGCCAGAUCCAAGGAUUACAGACUGACCCACGAGGUGCUUCAGCUCAUCCAGCAGAAACAGUCACAGGUGGUGUUUGUGCUGACUGGGGACUGUGAUGACAGGGAGCACGUGGGCUACAAGGUCUAUGAAGAGAUCGCCUCCACCAGCUCUGGGCAGGUUUUUCACUUGGACAAAAAGCAAGUGAACGAGGUGUUAAAAUGGGUUGAAGAAGCAGUUCAAGCCUCCAAAGUGCACCUCUUGUCUACAGACCAUUUGUCCAUGGCUGUAAAUACUUGGCAGAUCCCUUUUGAUCCCAGUCUGAAAGAGGUCACAGUGUCCUUGAGUGGUCCUUCACCAGCAAUCGAGAUCCAUGAUCCUUUAGGCAAGCGGCUCAGUAAAGGGUCGGGGCUGAAUGAAUUGCUGAACAUCCACAACUCUGCUAAGGUAGUAAAUGUCAAAGAUCCAGAGCCUGGAACGUGGACAAUUAAGACCUCAAGCAGUGGGAGGCACUCUGUCCGGAUCACAGGGCUCAGCACCAUCGACUUCCGAGCUGGAUUCUCCAGGAAGCCAACACUGGACUUCAAAAAGACAUCCAGCAGACCAGUGCAAGGGAUUCCUACCUUUGUGCUGCUCAAUACCACGGGGAUCCUGCUGCCAGCCAGAGUAGACCGACUGGAACUGCUGAGCAUUACAGGGGAACUCCUCAAGACCUUGCCUGUGAAAUACUACCCUGACAGAAAGCCCUAUGGACUCUGGAAUAUUUCUGACUUCAUUCCACCAGAUGAAGCUUUUUUUGUCAAAAUAACAGGCUAUGACAAGGAUGAUUAUCUUUUUCAGAGGGUUUCAAGUGUCUCAUUUUCUAGCAUUACUCCUGAUGCUCCAAAAGUUACAAUGCCCAUGAAGACUCCAGGAUAUUAUUUACAGCCAGGCUCUGUUCCUUGCCAUGUGGAAAGUCUUAUACCUUUUACUCAGCGUUUUACUAGAAAUGGAGUAAAACUGGGAGUGGAUCAGUUCUUCAAGGAAUCCUCCAGCAUGAGCUGGGACAUCGCCCAGGUGGCCGUGUCUGACGAGGGCUUUUACGAGUGCGUGGCCUCCAGCAGCGCGGGGACGGGGCGUGCACAGACCUUCCUGGACGUGUCAGAGCCGCCGCCCGUGAUCCACGUCCCGCACAACGUGUCGGUGCGGCCCGGGGCCGGGGCCAUCCUGACGUGCCUGGUGCGGAGCCCCGGGCGGUACAACCUCAGCUGGGCACGGCCCGAGCCGAGCGGGCGGGACGAGCCGGGCCGGCUGCGCCUGCUGCCCAACCUGUCCCUGGAGCUGAGGGCGGCCCGGCCCGGCGACAGCGGCCCCUACACCUGCACCGCCAGCAACGAGGGCGGCUCCGCCUCGGCAACAGUGUUCCUGAGCGUCCAAGAACCUCCGAGGCUUGUCGUUUCCCCCAAGAACCAGACUUUUACAGAAGGCUCUGAGGUGUCUAUCAGGUGUUCUGCAACGGGUCAUCCAAAGCCAACAGUGGUGUGGACACACAAUGAUAUGUUUAUCGUUGGCUCAAGCAGGUAUAGACUGACCCCAGAAGGCACCUUAAUCAUAAGAAAGGCGAUUCCCAAAGAUGCAGGAAUUUAUGGCUGCUUGGCAAGUAACUCAGCUGGGACAGACAGACAGACAUCCACCCUCACAUACAUUGAGGGUCCAACAUUGACCAUAGUUCAGAGUGAAAUUCUGGUUGGUCUUGGAGACACGACUAUUAUGGAAUGUAAAACAACUGGAAUCCCAGCCCCCCAAGUUAAAUGGUUUAAAGGUGACUUAGAGUUGAGGGCCUCAGCAUUUCUCAUUAUUGAUCCUCACCGGGGUCUCUUGAGGAUCCAGGAAACACAAGAGCUGGAUGCUGGUGACUACACCUGUGUGGCCUCCAACGCUGCCGGGAGAGCCUCUGGCAAGAUCACUCUGGAUGUUGGCUCUCCCCCCGUGUUCACGCAGGAGCCCAGCGAUGAAUCCGCGGAUCUGGGCUCCAACCUGACCCUGCCCUGCUACGUGCAGGGUUAUCCCGAGCCCAGGGUCUCCUGGAGGAGGUUGGAUGGGGCUCCCCUGUUCUCCAGGCCCUUCACUGCCAGUGCCACCAGCCAGCUCAGGACAGGGGCUCUGGCCUUUCACAAUCUGUGGGUCGGUGAUGAAGGGAUUUAUGUCUGUGAAGCUGAGAACCAGUUUGGGAGGAUCCAGUCCCGCCCAGCUACGGUCACAGUGACAGGACUGGUCACACCUCUGAUUGGAGCAAGCCCAGCCACAGCCAAUGUCAUUGAGGGCCAGCAGCUCACUUUGCCAUGUGUUCUGCUCGCUGGGAACCCCAUUCCAGACAGGAGGUGGAUUAAAAACAGUGUGGUGCUGGUGCCCAACCCCUACGUGAGCGUGCGGAGCGAUGGGAGCCUGCACCUGGAAAGGGUUCGGCUGCAGGAUGGAGGGGAUUACACCUGCAUGGCCUCCAACGUGGCUGGGACCAGCAACAAAACCACUGCUGUCAACGUGUACGUCCUGCCUGUCAUCCAGCACGGACAGCAGAUAUUCAGCACCAUUGAAGGAAUCCCAGUGACACUGCCCUGCAAAGCAAGUGGAGUUCCCAAGCCAUCCAUUGCCUGGUCCAAGAAAGGAGAGGUGAUCCUUCCCAGCAAUGUGAGGUUCUCUGCAGGCUCGGAUGGCAGCCUGUCCGUGGUGUCCCCCGGGGGCGAGGACAGCGGGGAGUACACGUGCAGUGCCACCAACGCCGCCGGCCACGCCACGCGCAAGGUCCAGCUCACUGUCUAUGUGAAACCCAGGGUGUCCAGGCCUGGAGACCAGCAGGGAAAUGCACCCAUUGAGGUCUCAGUGACUGCAGGGGAAGAUGUCACACUGCCCUGUGAAGUGAAGAGUUUGCCACCCCCCAUCAUUAGCUGGGCCAGAGAAAUGCAGCUCAUCUCUCCCUUCUCUCCAAGACACACUUUCCUACCCUCGGGGUCAAUGAAGAUCAGCGAGACCCAAGUUUCAGACAGUGGAAUGUAUCUCUGUGUCGCCACAAAUAUUGCUGGGAACGUGACUCAGUCCGUGAGGCUCAGUGUACAUGUCCCUCCCAGGAUCCAGCGUGGGCCUCGAGUCCUGAAGGUGCAGGCCGGGCACCGUGUGGAGCUGCCCUGCAGUGCCCAGGGGGUCCCUGCCCCCUCAGUCACCUGGCUGAGGGGCAGGGGUGCCGUGCCCGUGGGCGAGGGGCGGUUCACGCUGGGGCUGGACGGCGCCCUGGCCAUCGGCAGCGCCCAGGCCCCCGACGCCGGCACCUACACGUGUGUGGCCAGCAACGCCGCCGGCAGCGACACGGCCGAGCUCACCCUGCACGUGCAAGAGUCUCCCACUAUCGAGGGCCUGGACCCUCCAUACAACAGCCCCUUCCAAGAGAGAGUGGCAAACCAGCGCAUGGCAUUCCCGUGUCCUGCAAGAGGUGUUCCAAAGCCUGCCAUCCAAUGGCUCCAUAACGGGAGGGAGCUGACGGGCAGAGAGCCAGGCCUGUCGGUGCUGGAGGAUGGGACACUGCUGGUCAUCGCCGCCGUCACCCCCUCGCACGGUGGGGACUACGUGUGUGUGGCCACCAACGAGGCCGGGAGCACUGAGAGGAAAUACAACCUCAAAGUGAACGUUCCUCCUGAAAUUAGAGAUCAAGAAAAGGUGACAAACACAUCUGUGGUUGUUCAUCACCCUGUAAGUCUCUUCUGUGAAGUAACUGGUAACCCCUUCCCAGUCAUCUCCUGGUAUAAAGAGGAUAUCCAGGUUGUGGAAAGCAGUGCUGUCCAGAUUUUGCACAAUGGGAAGAUACUGAAGCUCCUGAAGGCUGCUACUGAGGAUGCUGGACAAUAUUCCUGCAAAGCCAUAAAUGUGGCAGGAAGUUCUGAGAAGCUGUUUAACCUAGAUAUACUAGUUCCCCCGAGCAUAAUAGGUGCUGAUACCCCUGGGGAAGUUGCAGUCAUCCUCAACCAGGAAAUCAGCCUGGAAUGCAGAGCCAAAGGCUUCCCUGUUCCUGACAUUCACUGGUUCAAAGAUGGCAAGCCCUUGUUUCUGGGUGAUCCCAAUGUUGAGCUUCUGGACAGAGAUCAAGUUCUGCACAUCAGGAGUGUUCGAAGGGGUGACAAGGGUCGUUACCAGUGCAGUGCCACCAACACUGCUGGCAAACAAGUCAAGGAGGUCAAACUCAUUGUCCACGUCCCUCCCAGUAUCAAAGGAGGGAACGUUACCACGGAGGUGUCGGUGCUGCUCAACAACCUCAUCAGCCUGGAAUGCGAGGCCAAGGGCAUCCCUGUCCCCACCAUCACCUGGUACAAGGAUGGGCACCCCCUUCUCUCCAGCCCCCAGGCUCUGUAUGUGGACAGGGGGCAGUUGCUGCAGAUCCCUCGUGCCCGGGUGUCGGACUCUGCCAGGUACACGUGUCGUGUGAGCAGCGCGGCCGGCGCAGCACAGAAGGUGUUCCACGUGGAUGUGUACGUUCCUCCAGUGAUCGAGGGCGAUGCUGACACAGCCCAGAGCAGGCAGGUGGUUGCUGGGAAUUCCCUGACGUUGGAAUGUAAUGCUGCUGGCAACCCUCCCCCUCUCCUGACCUGGCUGAAGGAUGGGGUUCCCGUGCAGGCCAGUGACAGGCUCCGUGUCCUGGCUGCUGGGAAGAGGCUGGAGAUCCUCAAUGCCGCCGAGGCCGACCGGGGCCACUACUGGUGUGUGGCCACAAGCGUAGCUGGGGAACAAGAAAUCAAGUAUGAAGUUGAAAUCUUAGUCCCACCAUUUGUGGAAGGUGGGGAUGAGCUCUUGGACUACAUUGUGAUUCUCCACAGCCCUUUGGAGCUGGAUUGUACAGCAACAGGGACACCCUCACCAACGAUCACGUGGUUGAAAGAUGGUCAUCCAGUUGAAGAGGGAGCUGGGCACAAGAUCUUAUUAAAGGGACAGAAACUUGUCAUCUCUCAAGCUGAAGUGUCAGACACCGGCCGCUAUAAAUGUGUGGCUGCAAAUAAGGCAGGAGAACACGGGAAGGAAUUUGAUGUUACAGUGCAUGUUCCUCCAACCAUCAAAUCAACGGGGCCUUCCGAGAGAGCUGUUGUGAUCCACAAGCCUGUGACACUGCAGUGCAUAGCCAGUGGCAUUCCCAGCCCUUCCAUAACCUGGUUAAAAGAUGGACAGCCAGUAAACACAGCCAGAGGAAACCUCAGACUGGAGUCCUCAGGCCGUGCUCUGCAGGUGGGCAGGGCCCUGCCCCAGGAUGCUGCCCACUACACCUGCGUGGCCACCAACGCUGCCGGAGAGGCCCAGCAGCACGUCCGGCUCCACGUGCACGAACCACCCAGUCUGGAAGAUGCGGGAAAGAUGUUAAAUGAAACAGUGGUGGUGAACAACCCAAUCCAUCUAGAAUGCAGAGCUUCUGGGAACCCUCUGCCAGCCAUCUCGUGGUUCAAGGACGGCCGUGCUCUGGCCGUGCCCGCCCUGAGGGGCCGCGCCCGGGCCCUGCUCAUCGAGGCCGCGCAGCUCUCGGACGCGGGGCUCUACAGGUGCCUGGCUGCCAACACCGCGGGCACGGCCGAGCUGCUCUACAGCCUGCAGGUCCACGUGCCCCCAUCAAUCUCUGGCAGCAGUGACACGGUGACAGUGGUGGUCAAUAAUCUGGUGAGGCUGGAGUGUGAAGCCAGAGGCAUCCCUGCCCCCAUCCUGACAUGGCUUAAGGAUGGCAGCCCCGUGUCCAGCUUCAGCAAUGGACUCCAGGUGCUGUCUGGGGGCCGGGUGCUGGCCCUGCCCAGCGCUCAGCUCAGUGACACGGGGACCUACACGUGUGUGGCCGUCAACGCCGCGGGCGAGAGCCAGAGGGACACCGAGCUGCGGGUGCUGGUGCCCCCGGACAUCGCGGGCGAGGAGCAGAACGUGUCGGUGCUGGCGAGCCAGGCCCUGGAGCUGCUGUGCCAGAGCAACGCCGUCCCCCCGCCCGUGCUCAGCUGGCUCAAGGACGGGCGGGCCCUGCUGCAGAAGCCAGGGCUGAGCAUCUCCGAGGAUGGCAGCGUGCUCAAGAUCGAAGGAGCUCAGGUGCAGGACGCGGGCCGGUACACCUGCCAAGCCACAAAUGUUGCUGGGAAGACCGAGAAGAACUAUAAUGUCAAUAUUUGGGUGUCCCCCAGUAUUUCUGGCUCAGAUGACAGCUCUCAGCUCACAGUCACUGAAGGGAGCAUGAUAAGCCUGAUCUGUGAGUCCAGUGGCAUGCCACCACCCAGCCUCACCUGGAAAAAGAACGGCUCUCCCCUGGUGCCGGAGCUGUCGGGAAGGGUGCGGGUGCUGUCUGGGGGCAGACAGCUCCAGAUUGCCAUUGCUGACAAGUCUGAUGCUGCAUCUUACACCUGCAUUGCUUCAAAUGUGGCUGGGAGUGCCCAGAAGGAGUACAGCCUGCAGGUGCACAUUCGACCAACUAUCCUGAACAGUGGCCCCCACCCAUCCGAAGUGGUGGUCACCCAGGGCAGUGAGGUGUCCCUGGAGUGUGAGGUGCAGGGCGUUCCUGAGCCAGCAGUGACGUGGAUGAAGGAUGGGAGGCCCCUGGCUGGGGGGGACGCGCUGCUGCUGCGCGGGGGCCGCGUCCUGCGGCUGGAACGUGCCCGCCUGGCCGACACCGGCCGCUACCUCUGCGUGGCCUCCAACGUGGCCGGGCUGGCUGACAGCAAAUACCACCUCAGUGUGCAUGUUCCCCCAAGUAUUGCUGGUUACCUGCAGAUGCCUGAGAACAUCAGCAUUGUGGAGAAGAAUCCCAUCUCCCUGGUUUGUGAGGCCUCAGGAAUUCCCUUGCCAGCAAUAACGUGGCUCAAGGAUGGAUGGCCUGUCACCCUGAACAACUCGGUGCGAAUCCUCUCAGGGGGCCGGACGCUGCGGCUGACGCACACGGGCGCGGCGGACGCGGGGCGCUACACGUGCGUGGUGACCAACGCCGCGGGGCAGCUCACCAAGGACUUCCACCUCGCUGUCCUGGUGCCUCCAGGGAUCGUGGGGGAAAACAAACUGGAGGAUGUGAGAGUGAAAGAGAAGCACACAGUUACCUUGACGUGUGAAGUGACAGGGAGCCCAGUGCCACAGAUCAGCUGGCUGAAGGAUGGGCAGCCUGUGCCUGAGGAUGGAGAGCACAGGGCUCUGUCUGGGGGGCGUUUGCUGCAGAUCUCCAACGCCCAGGUCAGCGACACCGGGCGAUACACGUGUGUGGCAUCCAACGCUGCCGGGGACAGGAGCAAAACCUACAGCCUGAACGUGCUGGUGGCUCCAAGCAUCGUGGGUGCAGACAGCCAAGGGAAUGCAGAAGGUGUCACCAUCAUGCUCAACAGCCCCACCUCCCUGCUCUGUGAGGCUUAUUCCUACCCUCCAGCUACCAUCACCUGGCUGAAGGAUGGGAAUCCCUUAGAAUCCAACAGAAAUAUCCGCAUUCUGCCAGGUGGGAGAACCCUGCAGAUCCUGAGUGCCCAGGAGGACAGUGCUGGCACAUACACCUGUACAGCCACCAACGAGGCUGGAGAGACCUCAAAGGACUAUGAAGUGAAAGUCUACAUUCCCCCCACCAUUACCAGAGGGGAUGUCUCAGGGACAGGGCUCUCCCCCAAGGAAGUGAAGAUCAAAGUGAACCACAGCCUGACCCUGGAGUGUGAAGCUCAGGCCGUUCCUGCUGCUGCCAUCAGCUGGUACAAGGAUGGACAGCCAGUAAAGGCAGAUGACCAUGUCCUGAUCCAGGCCAGUGGCCAAACUCUGCACAUCAAGGAGGCCCAAGUGUCCGACACCGGGCGUUACACGUGUCUGGCAUCCAACAUUGCUGGGGAGGAUGAGCUGGAGUUUGAUGUCAAUAUACAAGUCCCUCCUAGUUUCCAAAGGCCAUACAGGGAAUGGGAAACUGGGAACACGGUGGAUGCGGGAAGAGUUGGAGAAAGCAAAGAUGUGAUUGUGAACAAUCCCCUCUCCCUGUACUGUGAGACCAACGCUGUGCCCCCUCCUGUGCUCACCUGGUACAAGGAUGGCUCUGCCCUGAGCUCCGGUGACAAAGUGCUCAUCCUGCCAGGAGGCCGAGUGCUGCAGAUCCCUCGGGCCCAGCCCGGCGACGCCGGGACUUACACGUGUGUGGCGGAGAACGAGGCCGGGCAGGACUCCAUCCACUACCACGUCCACGUGCUCUCUCCCCCGUCCAUCAGUGGAGCCGAGGGUGACCUGCCUGAGGAGGUGACUGUGCUCGUGAGCAGGGUGGCAGUGAUGGACUGUGUUCCCAGUGGGAGCCCUUCUCCAAGCAUCACCUGGCAGAAGGAUGGCCAGCUCCUGCCAGAAGAUGACAAACACACCUUUUUGUCCGGUGGAAGGAGGUUACAGAUUUUGAAUUCCCAAAUAACAGAUACUGGCAGGUACGUCUGCAUUGCAGAAAACAUAGCUGGAAGUGCCAAGAAGUAUUUUAACCUUAACGUUCAUGUUCCUCCAAGUGUUGUUGGUUCUAACCCUGAGAAUUUGACUGUGGUGGUGAAUAAUUUCAUCUCUCUGACUUGUGAGGUCACGGGCUUUCCACCUCCUGAUCUCAGCUGGCUCAAGAAUGGAAAACCUCUCAGUUCAAAUUCCAACACUUUCAUUGUGCCUGGUGCUCGGACGCUGCAGAUUCCCCGAGCCAGGCUCCCAGAUGAUGGGGAAUAUACUUGCAUUGCCAGGAACCAAGCUGGGGAAAGCCAGAAGAAGAGUUUCCUAACUGUCCUUGUGCCCCCAAGCAUCAAGGACCACAGUGGAUCCUCCCUGACAGUGCUGAACGUGCGGGUGGGCACCCCGGUGACGCUGGACUGCGAGUCCAAUGCCAUCCCACCCCCGGUCAUCACCUGGUACAAGAACAGGCUCAGCAUUUCCGAGUCUGCCCACGUGGAGAUCUUGGCAGAUGGGCAAACCUUGCGCAUCAAGGGUGCACAGGUUUCUGACACAGGCCAAUACACGUGCAGAGCCAUAAAUAUUGCGGGGCGAGAUGAUAAAAAUUUCCAUCUUAAUGUUUAUGUGCCUCCAAGUAUUGAAGGCCCUGAACAAGAGUUGGUCAGUGAAUCCAUCAGUAAUCCUGUCACCUUUGUGUGUGAUGCCACUGGGAUUCCUCCACCAACAUUAGUGUGGCUUAAGAAUGGAAAACCAAUAGAAAACUCGGAUUCCCUUGACGUUCACAUUUUGUCUGGUGGAAGCAAACUUCAGAUCGCUCACUCCCGGCUCCUGGACAGCGGGACCUACACGUGUAUUGCCUCCAAUGUAGAGGGAGAAGCUCAGAAAACCUACGUGCUUUCCAUCCAAGUUCCUCCCAACAUUAUUGGCUCUGAGAUGCCAAGUGAGGUCAGUGUCCUGUUGGGAGAGAGCAUCCAGCUGGUCUGCAGUGCCCAGGGAGUGCCCACACCCGACCUGCAAUGGCUUAAGGAUGGAAAAACUGUUGUCAGUGAUGAUUUACAACGAAUAAGAGUGACUCCAGAUGGCAGCACAUUAAACAUUUCCAGAGCUCUCAGUUCGGACACAGGGAAAUACACUUGUGUAGCUACGAACCCUGCAGGAGAGGAGGACAGGAUCUUCAACUUGAAUGUCUAUGUGCCUCCAGCAAUAGCCAAUAGUAAAGCUGAAGCAGAGGAGCUCACUGCCCUUUUGGACACCUCCCUAAAUAUUGAAUGUACUGCUUCUGGGACCCCCCCACCACAGCUACACUGGCUGAAGAAUGGCCUUCCUCUCUCUGUCUCCUCUCAAAUCAGGCUGCUGUCAGCUGGGCAGGUUCUCAGACUUGCCCGAGUCCAGAUCUCUGAUACUGGUGUGUACACUUGUGUAGCAUCUAACAGGGCCGGAGUGGACAACAAACAUUACAACCUGCAAGUUUUUGUGCCACCGAGCCUGGACAACGCGGGGGGCACGGAGGAGGUGACGGUGCUGAGGGGCAAUGCUGCUGCCAUGGAGUGUCUCGCUGAUGGCUCUCCUGCCCCCUCCGUGACCUGGUUCAAAGAUGACCAUCCCCUGGGCCUGGGGGCUCACCUGACCUCCAGCAACCAGGGCAUGGUCCUUCACCUGGUGCGGGCAGAGCCCGGGGACACGGGCACAUACACCUGUGUGGCCUCCAGUGCAGCCGGAGAUGCCAGCAAGCGCUUCAUCCUCAGCGUGCUGGAGCCCCCUCACAUCAAUGGUUCAGAUGAACCAGAAGAGCUCUCAGUCAUCGUUAACAACCCACUUGAACUUCUCUGCAUCUCCUCUGGUGUUCCAGUGCCCAAAAUCUCCUGGAUGAAGGAUGGGCGCCCACUUCUGCAGACUGAUCAUGUUCAUGUGCUGAGAGAAGCCCUGAGAAUAACCAGUGCUCAGGUGGAGGACACGGGAAGAUACACGUGUUUGGCAUCGAGCCCAGCAGGGGAUGAUGAUAAGGAAUAUUUAGUACGAGUGCAUGUUCCUCCCAACAUUGCUGGUACUGGUGGGCCCCAGGAUGUCAGUGUGCUGCAGAACAGACAGGUCAUUCUGGAGUGCAGGUCGGACGCUGUGCCCCCUCCCACCAUCUCGUGGCUGAAGAACGGAGCCCUCCUGGAGGGAACGCCGCGGGUCCGGAUCCUGUCGGGCGGGCGGUACCUGCAGAUCAACAAUGCUGACCUGGGGGACACAGCCAGUUACACCUGUGUGGCCAGGAACGUGGCAGGAGAGGUGACCAGGGAGUUCCUGCUCACAGUGCAUGUGGCUCCCACAAUCCGGAGCGGUCCCCAGACUGCCGUGGUGCACAUCAAUGCUUCUGCCCUUCUGGAGUGUGCUGCACGAGGAGUCCCAGCCCCCAGAGUCACCUGGAGGAAGGAUGGGGCUGUUUUUACUGGAAACAAUACAAGGUACUCCCUGUUGGAGGAUGGGUCCCUGCACAUCCCCUCAGCACAGGUUGCUGACAGCGGCAGAUACGUGUGUAUGGCCACCAACAGCGCCGGCACCGAGCGCAGGAGGAUCGACCUGCAGGUCCUGGUUCCUCCAGCUAUUGCUCCUGGGCAGACGAAUAUCACAGUUACUGUAAAUGUGCAAACCACUUUGCCUUGUGAAACCACCGGAAUUCCCAGACCAGCAAUUAGCUGGAAAAAAAAUGGGCACCUGCUUAGUGUUGACCAGAACCAGAAUACAUACAGACUUCUGUCUUCAGGUUCCUUAGUAAUCAUUUCUCCCACUGUGGAUGACACUGCUGUCUAUGAGUGCUCUGUGUCAAAUGAUGCAGGAGAAGAUCAAAGAGCAGUUGAGCUCACUGUUCAAGUGCCCCCAUCUAUAGCAGAUGAAGCCACAGAACUUCUGGUAACAAAGCUGUCCUCAGUCCUGAUUUCCUGCACUGCCUCUGGAGUUCCUGUCCCCUCACUCCACUGGACCAAAAAUGGCAUAAAACUGCUUCCCAGAGGAGAUGGGUACAGAAUUCUCUCCUCAGGAGCUGUGGAGGUGCCCUCUGCCCAGCUGGCCCACGCGGGCCGCUACACGUGCGUGGCCCGGAACGCCGCCGGCACUGCCCACAGGCACGUCACGCUGCACGUACAGGAGCCACCAGUUAUCCAGGCUCAGCCAGGGGCGUUGGAUGUCAUCAUGGACAAUCCCAUCGUGCUGCCGUGUGAGGCCACGGGCACCCCUCAGCCGGUGAUCACGUGGCAAAAGGAGGGCAUCAACAUCAUCACCUCAGGCAACAGUUACACGGUUCUUCCAAGUGGCAGUUUGCAGAUUGCCAGAACAGCUGUGGAAGAUGCUGGCACUUACAUGUGCGUUGCUCAGAAUCCAGCUGGCACUGCUCUGGGGAAGAUCAAACUGAAAGUUCAAGUUCCUCCUGUUAUCAAGUCCCACCCGAAGGAAUACGUUGUUCCCGUUGAUCAGUCUGUCACUCUGCAGUGUGAGGCUGAGGGCUCCCCUGGGCCGGAGAUCAGCUGGCACAAGGACGGGCAGCAGAUCCUGGAGUCUCUGAGGAGGAGGGUGCUGAGCACUGGUGCCCUGCAGAUCGUGUUUGUGCAGCCCGGGGACAGCGGCCGCUACACCUGCACAGCCACCAACGCGGCAGGGGCCAGCUCCUCCAGCACGGAGCUGGCUGUGCACAUUCCCCCCAGGAUCCGCAGCACGGACACACAGUACACGGUCACGGAGGACUCCCAGGCUGUCCUGUCCUGUGUGGCUGAUGGGAUUCCAGCACCAACAAUAAACUGGAAGAAGGACAACAUGCUGUUAACAGAGAUAGUGGGAAAAUACCAGACUGUGCCAGGUGGAGACCUCAUUUUGGACAAUGUUGUUCCUGAAGACUCUGGUAGUUACACCUGUGUGGCUGCCAAUGCUGCCGGGGAGGACACACACACGGUCACCCUGACAGUUCACGUGCUGCCAGCCUUCACUGAACUGCCUGGAGAUGUAGCUUUGACCAAAGGAGAACAGCUCAGGUUAACCUGCAAAGCAACUGGGAAACCUGUACCCAAAAUAACAUGGACCUUCAACAAUAACAUCAUUCCAGCUCAGUACGACGAUGUCAAUGGACACAGCGAGCUGCUCAUCGACAGGGUCUCCAAGGACGACGCCGGCACCUACGUGUGCACAGCAGAGAACACAGUGGGCUCCAUCAAAGCCAUUGGCUUUGUGUAUGUCAAAGAGCCCCCAGUGUUCAAGGGGGAUUUCCACUCCAGCCGAAUCGAGCCCUUGGGGGGCAAUGCCAUGUUGAACUGUGAGGUCAGGGGAGAUCCCCCUCCAACCAUCCAGUGGAGCAAGAAGGGAGUUGGGGUUCAAAUCAGCAACAGGAUCCAACAGCUUAUCAACGGUUCCCUCGCCAUCUACGGCACCGUGAACGACGAUGCUGGUGACUACAAGUGCGUGGCUACCAACGAGGCCGGGGUGGUGGAGCGCAGCCUGACCCUCACGCUGCAGAGCCCCCCGGUGAUCACCGUGGAGCCCGUGGGCACCGUUGUGGACGCCGGUGCCACGGCCCUGCUGCACUGCCAGGCCAGGGGGGAGCCUGCCCCUGCCAUCAGCUGGUCCCGGCAGGGCCAGCCCGUGGUGGGUGACGACAGGGUGGCCGUGCUGUCCAACGGGUCCCUGCGCGUGGCGGCCGCGCGGCGCGAGGACACGGCCCCGUACGAGUGCGUGGCCAGGAACCUCCUGGGCUCCGUCCUCGUCAGAGUGCCCCUCACCGUCCAGGUGCACGGAGGGUUCUCCCCAUGGCUGGAAUGGCGGGCGUGCAGCGUCACCUGUGGCCAGGGGGUGCAGGAGCGGCUCCGGCAGUGCAACAACCCCCUCCCGGCCAACGGGGGCAGGAGCUGCGAGGGGCCCCACAACGACGUGCGCAGCUGCCACAGCAGGCCCUGCCCAGUGGAUGGCAGCUGGUCAGAGUGGGGGCCGUGGGAAGAGUGUUCCAAGAGCUGUGGACACGGCAACAGGACCAGGAGCAGGACCUGCAGUGCCCCCCCAGCCCAGCAUGGGGGGCAACCCUGCAAGGGCAGUGCUGUGGAGUCAGUCAUGUGCAAUGUCAAGCCUUGCCCAGUGGCCGGGGAGUGGAGCCCGUGGCUGCCGUGGGGCCCGUGCAGCGAGACGUGCGGGCAGGGCACGCAGCGGCGGGCGCGGCUCUGUGCCAGCCCGGCCCCCGCGCACGGCGGGCAGCGCUGCCGCGGCCCCGACACCCAGCUGCAGCUGUGCCAGCGGAGGCGCUGCCCAGUGGAUGGGAAAUGGGCCCCCUGGAGCAGCUGGAGCGCCUGCAGCGUGUCCUGUGGGGGGGGCAGUAGGCAAAGGACGCGGCUCUGCUCGGACCCGGCCCCGCAGUUCGGGGGACACAAGUGUGAAGGGAGUGACGUUCAGAUGGAUUUCUGCAACAGCGAUCCCUGCCCCAUCCAUGGCAACUGGGGCCCGUGGGGCAGCUGGGGCAGCUGCAGCCGCACGUGCGGGGGGGGCCAGGCCCGGCGGCACCGCAGCUGCGACAACCCGCGCCCCGCCAGCGGCGGCAGGGGCUGCGCCGGGCCCGACCUGCAGAGCCAGAGGUGCGGCACCGACCUGUGCCCAGUGGAUGGGAACUGGGGGCACUGGCAGCCGUGGAGCCCGUGCUCUGCCUCCUGUGGAGGGGGAGAGCAGAGCCGGGUGCGCCUGUGCAGCAGCCCCGCCCCAUCGAACCGCGGCCGGCCCUGCCCCGGGGACUCCUCCCAGAUAUCCCGGUGCAACACCCAAGCGUGUCCUGGUGGACCUGCCCGUGCCAAGGGCAGCAUCAUUGGCAACAUUAAUGAUGUGGAAUUUGGGAUUGCUUUCCUGAACGCCACGGUGACGGACAGCCCAGACUCUGACACCAGAGUCAUACAGGCAAAGAUCACAAACGUCCCUCGGAGCAUUGGCCCAGCCAUGAGAAAGCUCGUUUCCAUACUCAGCCCAGUUUAUUGGACAACUGCCAAAGAAAUUGGGGAAGCAAUGAACGGGUUCACGCUCACUGAUGCCGUCUUCAAGAGAGAAACUCAAGUGGAGUUUGCAACUGGUGAGAUCCUGCGGCUGACGCACGUCGCGCGGGGCCUGGACUCCGACGGGGCCCUGCUCCUGGACGUGGUUGUGAGCGGCCACGUGCUGCAGCUGCCGGCCCUGGCUGAUGUCAACGUGAAGGAUUACACAGAGGACUACAUCCAGACUGGCCCAGGGCAGCUGUACGCACACUCCACCCGGCUCUUCACCAUGGAUGGAGUCAGCGUUCCCUACACCUGGAACCACACCGUCACCUAUGACUACACCAAGGGCAAGAUGCCCUUCCUGGUGGAAACACUCCACGCUUCCUCCAUUGCAACAGAGUACAACCCACUGGAAGAAGCCGUGGCUUUCAAAAUCCAGGCUUCCAUUGCAAAAGGGGAUCAUAGCAACCAGUGCCCUGCUGGGUUUGGUUUGGACUCGUCUGGGCCUUAUUGCUCAGAUGAAGAUGAAUGUGCUGUGGGAAAUCCUUGUUCCCAUACCUGCCAUAACACCGUGGGAUCCUACUACUGCUCCUGUCCCAAAGGCCUCACUAUCUCUGCUGAUGGGAGGACGUGUCAGGACAUUGAUGAGUGUGCUCUGGGAGGGCACAGCUGCCAUCCUGGCCAGGAGUGUGAGAACGUCAUGGGCUCCUUCCGCUGCAUGGUCCGGUGUGGGAGCGGCUUCCGGAGAACGGCCGACGGCUUCGGCUGCCAGGAUGUUAACGAGUGCCAAGAGUCCAAUUCCUGUCAUCAGCGUUGCUUUAACACCAUAGGAAGUUUCCACUGUGGCUGUGACCCAGGAUUCCAGCUGAAGGGCAGAAAAUGCGUGGAUGUUAAUGAGUGCAGGCAGAACGUGUGCAGGCCUGAUCAGCUCUGCAAGAACACCCGUGGUGGCUACAAGUGCAUCGAUCUGUGUCCCAGUGGAAUGACCAAAGCAGAGAAUGGGACCUGCAUUGAUGUGGACGAGUGCCGGGCCGGGACGCACCAGUGCCGCGCGCCCCAGCUGUGCGAGAACACGCGGGGCAGUUACCGCUGCCUGUGCCCACGGGGCUUCCGGGCACAGGGCACGGGCAGGCCCUGUGUGGACAUUAAUGAAUGUGAACAAGUGCCUAAACCCUGUGCCUUUCAAUGCACCAACACCCCCGGCAGCUUCAAGUGUCUCUGUGCACCUGGGCAGCAGUUGCUGGGUGAUGGGAAAUCUUGCGCCGGCUUGGAGAGGCUGCCAAAUUCUGGGGCCUAUUACAGUAGCUAUAACUAUGCUCAGUUCUCCCCUGGGAGAGACAACCAGCAACAGCAGCACUAUUACAGGCACUCCUCAAAUCUCUACAGCUCCUUCUCAGAGUAUAGGAACAGCAGAAUACCUUUCUCCAGGACUAGAAGGAACGUUAGAGAAACUUGUCCUGAAGGCUAUGAGGCAAGAAAUGGCAGAUGUGUAGACAUCGACGAAUGUGAGAGCAGGGACACCUGUCAGCACGAGUGCAGGAACACCCUGGGCAGCUUCCAGUGUGCCUGUCCCUCGGGAUAUCGCCUCAUGGCCAACGGCAAAACCUGCCAAGAUAUUGAUGAGUGCCUGGAACAGAACAUUAAUUGUGGAUCCAAUCAGAUGUGUUUCAACAUGAGAGGCAGCUACCAAUGCAUAGACACACCUUGUCCACCCAACUACCAGCGAGAGCCACUUUCUGGGUUCUGUCUCAAGAACUGCCCGGCCAACGACCUGGAGUGUGACCUGAGCACCUACGCCCUGGAGUACAAGCUGCUGUCGCUGCCCUUCGGCAUCGCGGCGGGGCAGGACCUGAUCCGGCUGGUGGCCUACACCCACGAGCAGGUGGUGCACCCCCGCACCACCUUCUCCAUGGCGGAGGAGGACCCGGCCGUGCCGUUCGCCCUGCGGGACGAGAACCUCAAGGGGGUGGUGUUCACCCGGCGGGCGCUGCGCGAGCCCCGGACGUACCGCAUGGGGGUGAGGGCCCUGUCCUACGGCGCCGACGGCAGCCUCGAGUACCAGACCACCUUCAUCGUGUACAUCGCCGUGUCCGCCUACCCCUACUGACACCCUGGGCCACACGGGGCACUGCUGCUGGCAUUUCAAAGGGGUGCUACGCUCUGCUCCUUCCCCGAGGCUGCCUCCCCAGGCCCGUUGUUCCAGUUCAAGAGGAAAAUCCGUGGCUUUGAGGAGCUGUUACCACUUGCUUUAUUUAUUACACUGGAGUAGUCAUUUUCCACAGUAUGUUCUGAAAACCAGCAGGGAAAUCCACGUGGUCAAAGCAGUAAGGAAGGAGCAGCCUCCAUUGAAAGCAACUGAAGAAAAGCCUGACCAGAAGAAAACAAGUGGUCUGCAUGUUUUAAAGGUUGCAAAGUGUUUUACCAUUUUAUAUCUAUUAGGUUUUUUCCUUCUCAACACCCAAUAGAAUUAGGGCUGUGCUGUACUGUGUCGUGUGCUUCAAACCACCAAAUGCCACCGUGCCCAGGGAUUGCAAAUGCUGAAACAAAUGAUACUAAAGUCUGUUUUCAGCCAACAAAUCUACAGGAGAAUUGGAACUGGUACCUUUGGGUUCCAUGCAAGUGUAGAGAUGUCACUAUUUUUUGGAAGAAAAAACCAACAUGGCUACUUGUACUUUAUCCAGCAGGUAUUUUAUAACUUGUUUUUACUCUGCCACUCUGGUAUAGCCAUUUAUUUAACCCAUUGCAGUACUCCCAACUCAGUCAAGGUGCUGGGUUUUUACGCACAUGGAACAUUUUUCUCCCAAGGUGGUGUAAGUUUGGUUCAAUAAUGUCAAUACACUGUACACAGGUAAUUUUGCCAAGAUGUAUUCUAUUUUUAUGGACGUGUAUAUAUGUGUUUUUUUCCUAUGUGUAUUUUCUAUGCAGUAUCUCAAGAGUGUUUUACAGUUAAGUUUGCAUAAAAGGACAAUGUCAGUGCAAUGAAAAUAAUCAAAAUAAAGGUUCCCAUUACCUUUGA